AUGAGUAUGUGGAAAGAAACUGUUACUUAUGGAAUGUGCUUCAAUAGGAUUGAUGGAGUGAAGAAAGACUAUUGUAAGCACUUUCUUGCCGGCGGAGAGGAAGGAACGCCGGAGGCCUUGUUUUGCGCAGGUUGCGGUUGUCAUGUUUGUUUCCAUCGCAAAGUUGUUACAAAGGAGUUUGAUAUUACAAAUGCGAUAGUUAAAUAUGGGGUGUGCGCAAAGAACCAUGCGGCUCAUUUAGGCAAGAGUAUGUCGUACGAUGGUUGCCGCGAGUUCUUGGCAGCCGACAAGGAAGGGGCUCUCUUUUAUUGGGUUGGGGUUUUGCGAUUCAAUUUCUGGGACGAUUUUUUCUGGGGAAACCGGGGAAUCGCGAUGGCCAGAGCGAGGAGCCGGAGCAGAAGCUAUAGUCCCCGUCCCCGUAGCAGGUCACCACCGCGCGAGCGGAAAAGCUACGACGAGAAUCGCCACCGUGAACGCCUGUCUUCUCGUGACCGCGAUUCCUCUGAUCCUUCUGGUUUGCUCAUCCGUAAUCUCCCUCUCGAUGCUAGGCCGAACGAUCUUAGGGAUUCGUUUGAGCGGUUUGGACCACUCAAGGACAUAUAUCUGCCGAGGAAUUAUUAUACUGGGGAGCCGAGAGGGUUUGGGUUUGUUAAGUACCGUUAUGCUGAGGAUGCAGCUGAGGCGUUGAAGCGAAUGAAUCACAAAGUUAUUGGUGGGCGUGAGAUAACCAUUGUGUUUGCUGAGGAGAACCGGAAAACUCCACGAGAAAUGCGUACAACUAGCCAUACAAGUGGUCGAUAUGGUGACUCCAGGAGGACUUCACGCAGAUCACCAAGGCGCAGAUACCGUUCUCAUUCACGUUCGCUUUCUCCGGCAAGGCGAGAACCAAGGCACAAUAAAGCAAGAGAGCGUGAUUCAUACUCUCCUCGAAGGUCAAGAUCAAUUUCCCGUUCCCCUUUGCCCCGUAAGGAGAGGGGUCACAAAUCUAUCAAUGUGUCUCGAAGCCCAAGUAGAAGUCCCCGUGAGGAGAAGGUGGUCUCUCCAGUCAGGUCUCGAAGUCUGUCAAGGUCACGUUCUCGGUCCAUCAGUCGUUGA